AAGAUGUCUCACUCUCACUUUGCACACACUUUUACGUUAUUUUCUCCCAUUCCUUUGACUACUGGUCUUACUUUUCUCUCUUUCUCCAUUUUUUCUUAGCAGAAAAAACCACUCACUAAUUUGAAACAAAUUUUGUAACUUCAAUCAAGAAAUAAUUUGUUUUGUUGCACAGAUCUCUUUUUCCAUCAUUCAAUGAUGGUCAUUUUUUCAAGAAACACAUGAACUUUCUUGACCCCAAUUAAUAUCCCUAUAGGGGGUGUUCAACAUAAUUUUAUUUUUUUUGGGCUAAGAGAGUUGUUAAAGUUCAAUGGCUGAGACUACUGAAGUGAAAACAAUGCCAGAGGCAGAUAAAAAGAAAGAACAAAGUCUUCCUUUUUAUCAGUUGUUUUCUUUUGCUGAUAAGUUUGAUUAUCUUCUUAUGAUAUCUGGAAGUAUUGGAGCUAUUAUUCAUGGUUCUUCUAUGCCUGUUUUCUUUCUCCUUUUUGGUGAGAUGGUUAAUGGUUUUGGCAAAAACCAAAUGGAUUUGCAUAAAAUGACCGCCGAAGUAUCAAAGUAUGCUCUGUAUUUCGUGUACCUUGGGUUGAUAGUUUGUGCAUCAUCCUAUGCAGAGAUUGGUUGUUGGAUGUACACUGGAGAAAGGCAAGUGAGUGCACUAAGGAAGAAAUAUUUAGAGGCAGUGUUGAAACAGGACGUUGGGUUUUUUGAUACAGAUGCAAGAACUGGGGAUAUUGUUUUCAGUGUUUCAACGGAUACUCUACUGGUCCAAGAUGCCAUCAGUGAGAAGGUGGGCAAUUUCAUCCACUACCUUUCGACGUUCUUGGCGGGGUUGGUGGUUGGUUUCGUGUCAGCAUGGAGGUUAGCUCUCCUCAGUGUGGCGGUAAUUCCUGGAAUUGCUUUUGCUGGGGGUCUUUAUGCUUAUACUCUCACUGGACUCACCUCAAAAAGCAGAGAAUCCUAUGCCAAUGCUGGUAUUAUUGCUGAGCAGGCAAUUGCACAAGUCAGAACAGUCUACUCAUACGUGGGCGAGACCAAAGCCCUCAAUUCAUAUUCCGAUGCAAUUCAGAACACAUUGAAGCUCGGAUACAAGGCUGGCAUGGCUAAAGGUUUGGGUUUGGGAUGUACUUACGGAAUAGCGUGCAUGUCAUGGGCCCUUGUAUUUUGGUAUGCUGGGGUUUUCAUUAGGAAUGGACAGAGUGAUGGUGGAAAGGCAUUUACAGCUAUUUUCUCAGCCAUUGUUGGUGGCAUGAGUUUGGGUCAGUCAUUUUCCAAUCUUGGAGCGUUCAGUAAAGGAAAAGCAGCUGGAUAUAAGUUAAUGGAGAUCAUCAAGCAGAAACCUACGAUUAUUCAAGAUCCUUUAGAUGGAAAGUGUUUGUCUGAGGUCUGCGGGAACAUUGAAUUCAAAAAUGUGACCUUCAGCUAUCCUUCAAGACCUGAUGUAAUUAUCUUCAGAGAUUUCUGCAUUUUCUUCCCUGCUGGAAAGACAGUUGCCGUGGUUGGUGGCAGUGGUUCAGGAAAAAGCACUGUUGUCUCGCUGAUAGAAAGAUUUUAUGAUCCUAAUGAUGGUCAAGUUUUGCUGGACAAUGUUGACAUAAGAACGUUACAACUUAGAUGGUUACGUGAUCAGAUUGGCCUUGUGAAUCAAGAGCCCGCAUUAUUUGCUACUACCAUUCUUGAGAACAUACUGUACGGAAAGCCUGAUGCAACUAUGGCUGAAGUUGAGGCUGCUACCUGUGCUGCCAAUGCACAUAGCUUUAUUACCUUGCUUCCUAACGGAUACCAAACCCAGGUGGGAGAGCGGGGUGUCCAACUCUCUGGUGGACAGAAACAGAGAAUUGCAAUUGCAAGAGCUAUGUUAAAGAACCCAAAAAUCCUCCUGCUUGAUGAGGCCACCAGUGCUCUUGAUGCUGGUUCCGAGAGCAUUGUCCAGGAAGCUCUGGACCGUCUCAUGGUUGGCCGGACUACAGUAGUUGUAGCUCACCGUCUCUCCACAAUUAGAAAUGUUGAUUCAAUUGCAGUUAUACAGCAAGGGCAGGUAGUUGAGACUGGAACACAUGAAGAGCUGAUUGCCAAAGCAGGGGCUUACUCUUCUUUAAUCAGAUUCCAAGAAAUGGUUGGGAACAGAGACUUUUCAAAUCCAUCUACUCGUCGUACACGUUCAACUCGGUUAAGUCAUUCAUUAUCAACAAAGUCUCUAAGCCUUCGGUCUGGCAGUUUAAGGAGUUUGAGCUAUUCAUACAGCACUGGCCCAGACGGGCGUAUAGAAAUGAUUUCUAAUGCUGAAACAGAUAGGAAAAAUCCUGCACCACAGAAUUAUUUCUGCCGGCUUAUCAAACUGAAUGCCCCCGAGUGGCCUUAUUCAAUCAUGGGAGCCGUAGGGUCUGUUCUCUCCGGUUUCAUUGGUCCAACUUUUGCUAUUGUGAUGAGCAACAUGAUUGAGGUAUUCUACUAUACAAAUCCCACAAGCAUGGAAAGAAAAACAAAGGAAUAUGUCUUCAUCUACAUCGGAGCAGGUCUUUAUGCUGUUGUAGCAUAUUUGAUACAGCAUUACUUCUUCAGUAUUAUGGGAGAAAACCUCACUACCAGGGUUCGCAGGAUGAUGUUGGCAGCAAUUUUAAGGAAUGAAGUUGGAUGGUUCGAUGAGGAGGAGAAUAAUUCAAGUUUACUAGCAGCUCGCUUAGCUACAGAUGCUGCAGAUGUUAAAUCUGCCAUAGCGGAGAGGAUCUCCGUUAUACUGCAGAAUAUGACAUCUCUUCUCACUUCAUUCAUAGUCGCAUUUAUAGUUGAAUGGCGUGUCUCGCUGCUCAUCCUUGCCACGUUUCCACUUCUCGUCUUGGCCAAUUUCGCUCAGCAACUUUCACUGAAAGGAUUUGCCGGAGACACGGCCAAGGCGCAUGCAAAGACUAGCAUGAUUGCUGGAGAAGGAGUAAGCAAUAUUAGAACUGUAGCAGCCUUCAAUGCCCAAGAAAAGAUCAUCUCUUUGUUCUCCCAAGAGCUUCGAGUUCCACAAAUGCAAAGUCUUCGACGCAGCCAAAUGUCAGGACUCUUAUUUGGUAUAUCACAGCUUGCUCUUUAUGGUUCUGAAGCUCUGAUUCUUUGGUAUGGUGCACACCUUGUUAACAACGGGGUCUCGACUUUCUCUAAGGUGAUUAAGGUCUUUGUAGUCCUUGUGAUCACGGCUAAUUCAGUUGCUGAAACCGUCAGCCUAGCACCCGAGAUUAUUAGGGGUGGUGAAGCUGUUGGUUCUGUAUUUUCCAUUCUUGAUCGCUCUACCAGGGUCGAUCCCGAUGACCCUGAAGGUGAUCAAGUCGAAACAAUUAGAGGGGAUAUUGAACUCCGUCAUGUUGAUUUCGCAUACCCUUCACGACCAGAUGUUUGUGUGUUCAAGGACCUCAAUCUACGGAUUCGCGCUGGCCAAAGCCAAGCUCUUGUUGGAGCUAGUGGCUCGGGAAAGAGCUCCGUUAUAGCCUUAAUCGAAAGGUUCUACGAUCCAACAGGUGGAAAAGUUAUGAUUGAUGGAAAAGACAUUAGGAGAUUAAACUUGAAGUCUCUGAGGCUUAAAAUUGGUUUGGUGCAACAAGAGCCAGCUCUGUUUGCUGCUAGCAUUUUCGAUAAUAUUGCUUAUGGUAAAGAGGGUGCAACAGAAGCAGAGGUCACUGAAGCGGCUCGUGCUGCAAAUGUACACACUUUCGUAAGUGGUUUGCCCGAAGGUUACAAGACCCCGGUUGGUGAGAGAGGCGUUCAACUCUCAGGAGGACAAAAACAAAGGAUUGCAAUUGCAAGGGCCGUUCUUAAAGAUCCAUCAAUUCUCCUACUUGAUGAGGCUACAAGUGCACUUGAUGCUGAAUCUGAAUGUGUGUUACAAGAAGCACUCGAAAGGUUGAUGAGAGGGCGAACCACCGUUCUGGUGGCUCACCGAUUAUCGACAAUUCGGAAUGUGGAUACUAUUGGAGUUGUGCAAGACGGUCGCAUUGUUGAACAAGGAAGCCAUUCGGAGUUAAUCAGCAGGCCGGAAGGUGCAUACUCUAGACUACUGCAACUACAACACCACCGCAUAUGAGAAUUAUUACAAGAAUCGCUUUUUUUCCAUUUUUUCUUUUAAUUUUUAUGGAAGCAAGCAACAUGGCCUAGUGUUUUGGCCAUUGGGGGGUAGUUAACAAUGUUUGGGUCCUAGUUACUGUUGCUUUCAUUUGCUUUAUUGAUUAUGAUGAUGAUGCUGAUAGUUGUAGAUAUGGGAAGGUCACGGUCAAAUAUUAUAUCAUCGGGAAAGCUUCCAACUCUAUUCCCUAUGGAGAAGAAGUAUAUGUUACUAAAAUAUUAUUAUCCAGGGGGCAUUGAAUUUUUCUGUAUCUGGUUCUCUAGUUGGAUUAUUCAUUACAGCUUGGUUUCCCUUUCUUUCA